GCAAGCCAUUCAAUCCACACCUUUUCAUCAACAACGCUGUCUCCAACAUCAUUUGCUCUGUGGCUUUUGGUCAACGCUUUGAGUACAGCAAAAAAAAAUUCAUGCUAUUGAUGGAGUUGUUUGGCAAAAGUCUCCAGAUUCAAGCCUCUAUUUGGGCACAGCUCUUCAACACGUUCCCUCGGCUGAUGAGACGUUUGCCACGGCCUCAUCAGACAGUCCAGCACAUGUUGAACGAUGUGAAGGACUUCAUAAGAGUAGAGAUUAAGAAGCACAAACAGAACUGGGAUCCCUCAGACACAAGAGACUACAUCGACUGCUUCCUGAACGAGAUUAACAUGGGUAAGGUGCAGGCUGAAGAUGCUUUUCAUGAUGAAAACCUGGUUAUGUGUGUCAUGGUCAUGGAUCUGUUUGUGGCUGGAUCUGAGACCACUUCAACCACCCUGUGCUGGGGUUUCCUCUACAUGGCAAAGUACCCUGAAAUGCAGGGUAAAAGUCAACACAUUUUUU